GUGAUCAUGCCUGAACCAGCGAAGUCUGCACCUAAGAAGGGAUCUAAGAAGGCCGUUGCUAAAACCGCCGGAAAGGGCGGCAAGAAGCGCAAGAGGUCCAGGAAGGAGAGCUAUGCUAUCUACGUCUACAAGGUCCUGAAGCAGGUUCAUCCUGACACCGGGAUUUCCUCUAAGGCCAUGGGCAUCAUGAACUCUUUCGUCAAUGAUAUUUUUGAGCGUAUCGCCGGUGAGUCCUCUCGUCUCGCUCACUACAACAAGCGCUCCACCAUCACAUCGAGAGAGAUCCAGACCGCCGUGCGUCUGCUGCUGCCCGGUGAACUCGCCAAACACGCCGUGUCUGAGGGGACAAAGGCCGUCACCAAGUACACCAGCUCCAAAUAAAUCUGUUGAAGCUUUCAACACCCCAAAGGCUCUUUUAAGAGCCACCCACUUUUUCAUUUGAAGAGUUUCCAUGUUUAUAAAGC